AUGUUUAGCUUUCAAACUCUAUCAUGUCUUCAUGACAUACCCGUUGUUCGUUCAUCAACUAAUAAACUUCAAGAUGUGUAUACCAAAGCUAAGGAUACAAGUGCACUUAUUCGGGUUCCAUGUUGUUUAGCAGAGACAGUUGCUGAUAAAGUGUUAAAAAUUGCUCUUACAGUUGCUAAUCCCGUUGUUAAACCAUUAUGUGGACCUGUACAUGCAAUUGACAAUUAUGCUGCUCAAACAAUUCGUCAAAUCGAAUCUAAAUACCCUGUGAUUAAUACACCAACUGAAAACGUUGUGGAUACAUUCAACGUGAAAACAAAACCGGUUCUCAAUGUAGUGAAUUCAGUGAGAGAUACAACAACAUCAACAAUUCAACAUGGCAAAGAGACUGUUUCUAAUGUAGCAACAGCUACAGUAAAUAAAGCAUCAGGUGUGGUUGAUUCUGUAUUUUCGUUUUGUGAAACACAUGCACCUAGAAUGCAAUGUUGUAAUGCCGGUAAAACAAAUCAAUUAAAUGAAUAUAUUUGUUCAACUGCUGGUUCAUUAUUUAAUCAUGUAUUUCAAAUGGUUCAACCACCUUUGUUAUGGUUUAGAAUGUUGGUUGCAAGCUGCUUACUAAAAACUAAACAAACAAAUGAUGUUUUACUUACUAAAAUGCAACAAAAACGAUUUUUACCUGUUUUACCACAACGAUUAUUAAUUUUAGUCGGUAGUUUCUUGGAAAAUGUUACUAGACUAAUUAUGCCUAAUGAUGCUACAAUGGCUGAACAAGCAAAACCUUGGCAACAAACUCAACAACAAAAUAGAUUUAGUUCAUUAUCACAGUAUUUUUUUAAUCGACAAAACUUGAAACCUAAUCUGUCUGCAACAGGUAGUAAAAAAGUUGUUAUUAAUCAACGAGAAACAAGCGCAAAUCGUACAAGGAAUUUCAAUAAUAUUUCAAAACCACAACCCGAUUAUUCGAAUAUGGCUGAUGUAGAAGAAUUACAUGCUCGAUUAGCUUCGAAUGAUUUACGUGAAUCAACUUAUGAUAUGGGCAAUGAUAUGUCGACCACAGAACCUGUUUAUUGUGCUCCGAAUGAUGAACUUACACAAUUACAUGAUGGCUUUAAACCAACCGAUGUUAAACUUCUUUUUUCUGGAUUAUCUCCUGAUGGUUUACCAAAAAUAGAUGAUCAAGAACCUUUAACUGAAGAUCAACAACAACUUCAUGCUAGAAUUAUUGGUGCUGGAUUAGAAGAGCAAGGUUAUCAUGUAGACGAUAAUGAUAAUGAUGAUUAA